CUCAACAAAGCAAUGGAAUUUGGUAUACAUUCUGUUGCUGGAAAACGAAAGCAAAUGGAAGAUAGGCACUCAUCCCAAGUCAUUCAGGUAGAAACCAAAAAUGGUAAAGAAACUUUGGGUUUGUUUGCCGUCUACGAUGGACACGGAGGAGAUUUCGCGGCCGACUAUUGUGCAAAACAUUUUACCGAAACUCUUUUACAACAUCCCCUUUUUCCUAACGAUAUUCCCACAGCUUUGAAAGAAACUUGUGAGAAUUUUGAUGCUCGUCUAUUGGAAGAGUCGUCGAAAGUGAAGACGUAUUCUGGUUGUACUCUCAAUUAUUUACUAGUUGGUUCACAGUGUCUUUACUGUUGCAACGUGGGGGAUUCUCGUGCAGUUUUAUCGAGAAAUGGAGUUGCUAUUGCGUUAUCAAAAGAUCAUAACAUUUCUAAUGCUGCUGAAGUUUCUCGAGUCAAGCAAGCUGGUGGGUUCAUUACGCAUCGAGGAAUCAACGAUUAUAUGUCAGUGACGCGGGCUUUGGGCGACUUGGAUUUAAAAGGCCAUAAACAGAAAGUGUUUCCUUGUCUAGAUUUGAAAGCAGAUUUGGUUAUAGCUACUCCUGAUAUUGCUAUGAUCGACUUACAACCGGAUGAUGAAUUUCUCAUUAUUGCAAGUGAUGGUUUAUGGUGUCGAUUGAACGACACGGAAGCAGUCAAAUUGACUCUCAAGACGUUGAGACAAUACGCAAGUCCUAAAAUUGCUGCCAAAACACUCAUCAAGACGGCACUUUCCAUGGGUUCAGUGGAUAAUAUAACAGCCAUAGUUGUUGUUUUACAUAGACAGGAAUUGAUGAAAGAUGUAACUGUACAUGGUGGUAAUAUAUUUGGUUCAUUUCAGCGGUCUCGAAAGAUGAUGGAAUAUGAUUCUUCAGAUGAUUCUGGACAUGGACGUCGUUUAUUUCUAAAUGAGUUUCAGAAUGGCAAAGGGAAAGAGAUUUCGUUGCUCGGAAAGAACCCAUCAAGUCACAAUGAUGAUUCUCGCACCUCCAAUAAAGAUACUUGUAAAACAUCAUCUGAAGCAAGUAAUCAUAAAAAGGAACCCAAUGCUUGGUCCCGUUUUGUGGAGACGUAUAAGAACAAAUUGAGUAAGCGAAAGGAAUAAUAAUCAUCUUGAAUCAGAAUACUCAGUAUUAUAUGAUAUUUUGUUUGGUGUUUCUUUUUUCAUUAUGCAACUUGAGAAAAGUAUUCACCAAUAUACAAAACCUAUAAAAAGUUCUAAAGCCAA